AUGCUGGCGUGGAGCCCUAAUGCCCUCGACUCGAAAUGUGAUCGUGAUUUUGUUGGCUUCCUCACAAUAGCCUCCUGGCCUGGGGACAUGUCCCAUUCCUGGCCGAUCUUCGUCAGGGACGCAUGGGCCGGAAGCAGAAGCGAGAUCUAUAUCCCGAAGGCUCCUUCCUUAUGCAGCAGCUCGACCGAGCAUGAAAACAGAGUAUGGGAAGAGCUAUCGGCCCCUAAAAGUCUGUCGACCGCUCCCUUAUCUCGGGACAACCCCGCAGACGAAGACGACGGAAACAAGGAUAUAGAUCACAACACGAAAACACCCAUAAGUAAUGGCUUAUGGCCGCAAUCCCUGCCAUCGCCCCAAAGAUCUAUAUCCUUCCAGAACAGGACGUUGCCUGGUCGAAAUAGUGCCAAUUCGGCGGAGCUGCUAGGGGAAGUGAUCAAUCUAAACGAGGAAGUUUCCUCGGGACGGACCCGGGCCCAAGAACUACGGCAAGCUCUUCAACACAAACGAGAAGAAGAGGGUGAUUUACGUCUUGCCAUCCGAAGCAAGCUCAAUCUAUCAUCAUCAGAAAAUACACAUGGCGAAGUCGCUACGAUCAACGGCGCCAUCGAGAGUCUCCAGAAAGUCACAGCUUCAUACCUGCUACUAGAGAACGACUAUCGCAAAUUCGAAGAUGACCUCGGACAGAAGGAGUAUGCACUAGAAAAGCGCAUGACGAAACUUAAAAAAGUCGUGGGCAAUCAGUCCACCUCCCCCGUGGAGCAACACCAUGCUAUCGACUAUGGCUUUGAUUCGUCACCGAGUAAUAGUUUACAUGGUUAUGCAAACAAAUUCUCAUCACAAGAGGCGGCUUAUCUCUCUCUUGUUGGGGAAGCGCGUAUACUCCGCAGGCGUCUCACAGAGAUAGAAGGUGAAUAUCUGGCUCUCAUGGACCAACAAAAUCUCUGCAAGCGUAUCGGCCUGUUACUGGAUAAACAGGCCCUCGGUUUUCUCGGAAACUACGAGGAGAAAAAGAAGCGAAUCGAGACGGAGCUGAAUAUCUUGCUCCGCCAAAUCCAGGACUACCCCGAGCAUGCAAAAAAUUCCGACGACGCAGUGCUAGAGGCCCAGUGGCAGGAUGUUGUCAAAGAUUAUUUGCCCGAGCCACCGGAGAACCCAGUACCAAUUGACUGGCUUCAUGUAUCUGAAUUUGACGACCGGGCGCCAUUUUUCGAACCCGCGGGGCCCACUGGACUGAACAAGGCGAAGUUCAUUAACCAAUGGCUUCUUCAUCAGCUGCGCCAUUCCAAGGUUGAAAUUUUGAAGUUCAAAUCAAGUCCUGAGCUCGUUGAUUUGGUUGACCAGGGUUGGAGUGGGGAUUCUAUCAGUCAGAUGGCAUUCAUAUUGUGGUUUCGGGACGAAACGGCGCAGGUGGCUCGGCCUGAGAGCUAUUCGGCUGUAUAA